AUGGGUGCUGCUGGAUUGGGCAUGGUUAUCCAUGAUUCUGCAGGUUCGGUCAUCGGUGCCUUGGCUGAAAGAAUUCCUCUGUCUUGUUCAGUUGCCACGGUGGAAGCCUUAGCGUGUAGAAGAGCAAUCUUAUUCGCAAAGGAGAUGUCCAUUUUUGCAGCCUCUGUUGAAGGGGAUGCUGAGAUUGUUAUCAUGGCCCUUAAGGAUGGAAUGACCAGCAACUCCGAGUUUGGCCAUAUCAUCCAGGAUUCCCUUGUAUUAGCUAAUGACCUUAGUUUUUGUGUUUUCUCUCAUGUAAAAAGAUUAGGCAACUCUGUUGCCCACUACCUUGCCAGAAAAGCCAAAUCUGGUAAUGAGCUGCAGGUGUGGAUUGAGUCCACACCUGAUGACAUAGCUCCUCUUGUGUACCGUGACUCUCUGUAG